GUGUCAGUGGCGUUUGCUGCGGACCGGGCUGGCAGUUCCUUCCUCGGAGGGAAAGAUUCCUCUGCCAUGGAGUCCUACGAUGUGAUCGCCAACCAGCCUGUUGUGAUCGACAACGGAUCCGGUGUGAUUAAAGCUGGUUUUGCUGGUGAUCAGAUCCCCAAAUACUGCUUUCCAAACUAUGUGGGCAGACCCAAACAUGUUCGUGUCAUGGCAGGAGCCCUCGAAGGUGACAUCUUCAUUGGCCCCAAAGCUGAGGAGCACCGGGGGCUGCUGUCAAUCCGCUAUCCCAUGGAACAUGGCAUCGUCAAGGACUGGAACGACAUGGAGCGCAUCUGGCAGUACGUCUACUCUAAGGACCAGCUGCAGACCUUCUCCGAGGAGCAUCCUGUGCUCCUGACGGAGGCACCGUUAAACCCUCGGAAAAACCGGGAGCGAGCUGCAGAAGUCUUCUUCGAGACCUUCAACGUGCCGGCCCUCUUCAUCUCCAUGCAAGCUGUGCUGAGCCUUUAUGCUACGGGCAGAACCACAGGCGUGGUGUUGGAUUCUGGGGAUGGUGUCACCCAUGCGGUCCCGAUUUAUGAAGGCUUCGCCAUGCCUCACUCCAUCAUGCGCAUCGACAUCGCUGGCCGGGAUGUCUCGCGCUUCCUCCGCCUCUACCUACGGAAGGAGGGCUAUGAUUUCCACUCCUCCUCAGAGUUUGAGAUUGUCAAGGCCAUAAAGGAAAGAGCUUGCUACCUGUCCAUAAAUCCCCAGAAAGAUGAGACACUGGAGACGGAGAAGGCUCAGUACUACCUGCCCGAUGGCAGCACCAUUGAGAUCGGCCCUUCCAGGUUCCGGGCCCCUGAGCUGCUGUUCAGGCCGGACUUGAUUGGCGAGGAGAGUGAAGGUAUCCACGAGGUGCUGGUGUUUGCUAUCCAGAAGUCGGACAUGGAUUUGCGGCGUACACUGUUUUCCAACAUUGUCCUCUCAGGAGGCUCUACCCUGUUCAAAGAUAUCUGCACCCCAGGAGAGACUGUAUUCCACAUGGAUUGGCGGCUCUAUCCUUGCUUCCCUGGACACCUUUAAGAAGAUGUGGGUCUCUAAGAAGGAAUAUGAAGAAGAUGGUGCCCGAUCCAUCCACAGGAAAACCUUCUAACGUUGCAACAUCACCACCUCUCUGAAGUUAACUCCACUUUAAAACUCGCUUUCUUGAGUUGGAGUGUUUGAGAGGAACUGCCUGUGUGUGUGAAUGAGUGUGUGGGUAUGUAUGAGUGUGUGCGACUAUCGAGUGCUGUGUGGCCAGAGAUCCUGGGCCCAGAGAGGACAUUGAAGUACCCACGAUGCUGAUGGCCCGAGGCCUGGGGUUGACUACUAACUGGCCCCUUACAGGAAGAGCUCUGGCAGAGGCCCGCUCCUUUCUCAGCCAGGCCUUUGUCUGGCUGUGCGGAACUAUGGUUACUACCAUAGAGAGACCUUGCUGCUGCCAAUCUAGGCUGGGCUGGCCCCACCCCACCCCACCCCACCCGAGUGCCCUGAGGCAGCCACUGUCUCCCCUGCUCAUCCUUCUGUGCUGUCCAUGCCUCUGGAUCAGAUGGAGAACUGGGGCUGGGGUUAAGUUCUGCCCGGUUUUGUUUCAGCUUGGGUUUGGGAGUCUGAAAAAGCACUCUAGCUAUGGUUAGAGACUGGUUUCAGGAGAGAGCAGGGUACACUCAUGUCCGCCUGGGAACAGGUAAGGAUUAGGACCACACUGGGCAUUUGGGGGCAGGAGAGAGCUUCAGGGUUAAUCUACAAGCCCCAUCCACAUUCAGGGGCCCUGAGACACUAAGGACUGUGGGUUGCAGGUCCUGCUGUUGGCUUCUCCUACAUCCUGGUUUCAAUACCAUCAUCACGGUUUUAUUUAUUGACAUGUUUGUUCAGUAAAGGGACUACAGAAGGGCUCGUUGUCUCCUGCCCACGGUUACCUUGCUUACACUAAUGUUUACAGCACCUAGGCUUUCCAUAGCAUCCAGACCUCUGUCAUUCCCUGCUGAUGGAGAACUGACAGUAUUCAUGGGCCUCAGGACCCUGUGAGACAGGAGGCUGCACACAGCACCCCAGCCAGCCUCUUCCUCCUACCCCUCUUGCUCACUGCCCUGGAACCACCAGGCUGGUUGUCGUUGGGUUUUCUAAGACAAAGCAGCAUCACUCUGUGGCAGAGGCCCCUUGUGAGGGAGGUGUGUUGGAGAUCUAGACCCUUUAGAACAAAGCAAGCUGCAGUUAACCAUGUUGCCUUUUGCCACUCUAAUUGACGAGGGGACUAAAUGGCAGGGAGGCCCCUUCUAGGUUGGUCAGAUUGGAGAGAAGGGGCUGACCAAAGUGCCAAGACCUAAUGGGUGCCAGCCAACCUUGCUCUCAGAAGUGGUCCAAGGGCCUUUGUGCCUGGUACAAGCUAGGGUGAGCCUGUCUUCACCGGCACCCUCACCCGUGACACCAAGUCUCACCUCAGUUCCAGAUCCCAGACAGUAUUCUUUCUCCGCCAUCCUAUGACCAAAGGCCCCUGCCAGAUGUAAAGCGAAGCUGGUGUGUGUGGAAUCAGUGUGGCAACCCAUGGACUGCAGUGCGCAUAACCAGCUCACCUCUUAGCCAAGCCUGUCCCUUGCACAGCCUCGCAAAGCCACGUAGCCUGGUGGGGCCCGGUGUACUUAAAUAAAGUCGUUCCGAUAGGUACAUCAGUCUGACCUCUUUCUGUGACCAGUGCCUGGUAGGAAGAGAGGGGAGCUCCCUCAAAGUGAUGCAGACUGAACCCCAAGCAGUAUCGUGGGUGGGAAGAGAAUUGAGGGCCUAAUUCCCGUGUAUGCUCAUCUGUGGCUGAAGCCUGACUUCAUCUCUGAAGAUGGUUUUGUUUU